UUCUGAUUGGCGGGAGGGGGGAAGGAGGAGGAGGAGGAGGUGGAGGGGGAUCCCCUCAGUGCGCACGGCCGCAGUCCAGUGCGUAAAGAGCGCAGAGCAGCACAGAGCCCCUCUCCACCGUGCCGGGAUUACCGUUUUUUGCUCUCCGUCUGCACAGAGCUGCUCUCUAAAUGAAGCUCUGAUUUCUUCGCCAUGAGCUGCCUGGAUGUGAUGUACCAAGUGUUUGGUCCUCAGCCUUAUUUCAGCUCCUACAGCCCCUACCACCACCAGAAACUGGCGUUGUAUACCAAAAUGCAAGACCCCCAGGACAGCGUCAGCCGGCUGGGCCCCCCGGGCUCUGGGGGCCCCCCGGCCAUCAAAGAGGAGGACAAGGAGCUGCCGCCGGGAGCCGAGUACCUGAGCUCCCGCUGCGUCCUCUUCACCUACUUCCAGGGAGACAUCAGCGCCGUGGUGGACGAGCACUUCAGCCGAGCCCUCAGCCACACCAGCGCCUACCCUGCCUCCAGCAGCCACAAGGCCGUAAGAGACGGAUCAUUCCCGAUGAGCCAGAGAAGUUUCCCUCCGUCGUUCUGGAACAGCUCCUACCAGCCGUCCGUCUCCUCGGCGCUGGGCAGCGCUCUGUCGGCGCCCCACACAGAGCUCCCGUUCCCCGGGGACCCGUACUCCUCCGCCUCCCUGCACAGCCACCUCCACCAGCCCAGCCCCGACUCCUGGCACCCGUCCCACCACCACCACCACCACCACCACCACCCGUACUCACUAGGGGGCGCCAUCGGCACCCAGAGCUCGGCGUACUCGCGCCCCGGGGUCCACGAGAUGUACGGCGCGGCGUUCGACCCGCGCUACGGCUCCCUGCUGGUGCCGUCGGUGAGGCCUCACCACCGCCUGGCGUCCGGCAGCUCGGUGCCGGGGCCCAGCGCCUCGCCCUGCGACCUGGGGGGGAAGGGGGAGUCGGGGACGGCGUCGGCCUGGAGCGGCGCCUUCACCGGAGCCGGGGCGGAGAUCGGACUCAACAUGGACACAGGUCUGCAGGCACAGGAUAAGAGCAAGGACUUGUAUUGGUUUUAGAGACUGCUGAGACUCUUCUUCUCCCCCACUUCCUCCCCUUCGCUUCACUCCUACUUCAGCCUCUUUUCUUCACUCUGUUGCUGCUGUUUUUGGGGGGAUGAACUGAACAAUCAGUCAGACGGCAGGUUUGUGCUGUAACUGCUUCUGGUCUACUUGCAGCUCGGUGUUACGGAGGACUUUGCAGCAGCAGCAGCAACAUCGGUGUCGGCACAAGCAGCAGCAGCAGCAGCAGUGCAGCCCUGCUGAGCUGAAUGCCGACAGUGUGGAUACAAAAAAAAAAAAACGAGCGUGGAAACAAAAGUGGACUCGCACUAGAGAGAGAAAAUCUGAUCUUGACGGAUGUGGACAAAGACAAGACUCUUUGUGCUUCUGUAACAGGCAGGGACAACAUUCCUAGAGUGGAAAAAAGUCUGGGGACAGACGGACAGAGACAUGUGUUGUCAAACUCCAAAGACAAGCGCUUGAAGGACUUGGCAGGACUUGCCUCGCUGGGACAACUGGGCAGCAGACACUGGGAGUGUUGUGGCUGGAGGAAAAAAAGGCCGUGUUGGUUUGAGGAGGCCGCACAGCAAGAAUAUUUUGGCAGAGGAGUCCGAAACACUUUGGGUUUACAUGGAGUAUUGGUUCAAUGUCAAAAAAACAAAACAAAAAAAAACACUGUCAGUAUUUUAUGGCACUGUAAAAGUUAAAUUAAACAGUUUUGACUGAUAACAAAAGAUAUUUAAGUAAUGAUUUCACGGAGCGGUUCGAGCGACAGCUGCACACAACUUUAGACGCCUGCAAAUUCCACACUGUGUGCAGACUCGGAGCAGGUUUUUCAGCGUGUUGCAACAAGG